CAUCGCACUCGGCGUGCGGGGCGCUUCAUCGCCGAAGUGCUCAGAAAGUUGAAGUACACAGAGGGAUUCGUUGACAAGGUGAAGCCAGUUGCUUCGGCGCGUGACGGAGAAGUGCAGUACGAGCUUCAACUCGAGAAACAUCACUGCGACCUGCACGGCAAUCUGCACGCAGGCAUGGCGUUCGCCCUAGUGGACCUGUACACGUGGACGACGGCCUGCACGCGGUACGACCAGGACGCGCCAUUCGUCAGUCUCAACCUAACAGCCAGGUUCCUCUCUCCGCCGAGGCUUGGUGACGUCGUUCUCAUGGACUCCCGUAUCGUCCACGCAGGAAGGAGGGUCGUCUACGUCGAGAUGGACAUUCUUGAUAGGGCCACGAGGCGCCUGCUGGUUCAAGGCUCCCACAUGAUGUUCAUUGUGUCAAGACCUGCAUUUCGCGCUCGUUGAAAGAAUCACUGGGCUCGCAUUCAGAAAUUCCGGGAAAAUGCAUUACGCCAAGUAUGUUCGUAAGAGAAUACUUCAGCCAAUCCUAACGCCGUACAUAUCAUUAUCGAUGUCAGUCGGCCAAUGACAAAAAAAAAAGAAGCACUUACGAAAAAGAAGUCUCGUGAAUGCAGCCCCUGCAUUCUGAUAAAAAAAAAAAAAAAAAAAAAAACUCGCUAUGCUUUCAUCUUUUCGUCUUUUAGUGGCACGACCACCGAGUGACGCCCUUGUUUCUCUUCAGAGCACUUCCGGUCGGUCACUUCGGUUUUCCGAAUAUCCAUAAAAAAGUCUCCUAAAAAUAGAAAGCGAUGUUUCUGGUAAGAGAGCUAUGUCGUAUACAUACGACAUCAAAGCAUAACUUGACUUAAGAUAAGGACCAAUUAACUGUCAGGAUAAUUAGUAAAAAUCGAUUGAGUUAAUUUAAAUAUUGUGAGUAGCUGGGAUCGUUGCGGAA